GCUUCCACCAACCCCGAGCUGCCUUCUUCCCCUGGCGGUGGUGAAAGAGAAUCCCGAGUCGCAGCUUGCAAAGUGCCCGCGGUGAGUGCAAGCUCGCGCCCCAAGUCAGCCAAAUGCUCCUCUUCGGGCUUCUCCUGCUGACAUCUGCCCUGGCCGGCCAGAGACACGGGGCUCAGGCGGAGUCCAACCUGAGUAGUAAAUUCCAGUUUUCCAGCAACAAGGAGCAGAACGGAGUACAGAAUCCUCAGCAUGAGAGAAUUAUUACGGUGUCUACUAAUGGAAGCAUUCAUAGUCCACGGUUUCCUCAUACUUAUCCAAGAAAUAUGGUCCUGGUAUGGAGAUUAGUAGCAGUAGAAGAAAAUGUAUGGAUACAGCUUACAUUUGAUGAAAGAUUUGGUCUUGAAGACCCAGAAGACGACAUAUGCAAGUAUGAUUUUGUUGAAGUGGAGGAACCCAGUGAUGGAACUGUAUUAGGGCGCUGGUGUGGUUCUAGUGGCGUUCCAGGAAGACAGAUUUCUAAAGGAAAUCAAAUCAGGAUCAGAUUCGUAUCUGAUGAAUAUUUUCCUUCUGAACCGGGGUUUUGCAUUCACUACAGUGUUGUCACACCACAAUUCACAGAAGCUGUAAGUCCUUCAGUAUUACCCCCAGCAGCUUUGCCACUGGAUCUACUCAAUAAUGCUGUUACUGCCUUUAGUACAUUGGAAGACCUUAUUCGGUAUCUUGAACCAGAUAGAUGGCAGUUGGAUUUAGAAGAUCUGUAUAGGCCAGCUUGGAAACUUCUUGGCAAAGCCUUUGUUUUUGGAAGAAAAUCUAAAGUGGUGGAUCUGAACCUUUUAAAGGAGGAAGUAAGUUUGUACAGCUGCACACCUCGUAACUUCUCAGUGUCCAUAAGAGAAGAACUCAAGAGAACAGACAGCAUAUUCUGGCCAGGUUGUCUCCUGGUUAAACGCUGUGGUGGAAACUGUGCCUGUUGUCUCCAAAACUGCAAUGAAUGCCAAUGUGUCCCAAUCAAAGUAACUAAAAAAUAUCAUGAGGUUCUUCAAUUGAGACCAAAGAUUGGAGUCAGAGGAUUACAUAAAUCUCUCACUGAUGUGGCUUUGGAGCACCAUGAGGAGUGUAACUGUGUGUGCAGAGGGAACACUGGAGGAUAACCACAUCCCCCUGGCAGUAAUCUGCCCAACCCAUACAACGCAGCGGCUGAUUCUGUUCUAGAACUCAUGCAUUCUCUCCAUCCAUAAUCUCAGUUGUUUGCUUCAGGGACAUUUCAUCUUCAGGAUUUACAGUCUGUUGUAAAAGAAGAGACAUCAAAUGGAAUUGGGAGUUGUACAACAGCUCUUUUGAGAGGAGGCCCAAUGACAGGAGAAAAAGUUUCCAUCAUGGAAAAAACUUAAGUGCCCUAGAACACUACCUAGUUCCCGAGUUACCAUGUACUUACUCAGCUAGCUGUGUUCUAGAUGUCGGUUGUCUUGAGAAGGCUUAGGUUAAUGUAGUACAGGAAAAACUGUGCAAAUGACCAUAUAAUCCUGUUGCCUUGCUUAUUAACUCUAAAGCUCCAUGUUCUGGGCCUAAAAUCAGAGAAAUGUGGAAUUUGUUUUCUUAUAAUCACAUAUAUAAACCAGAGUGCUCUAUCUCCUGCAAACUUGGUUUUUUAAAAGGAAUGGUGUUGCCAUGAAUUAAACUUAUAUUAUAUUCCUUUGAAGGACUGGAUCUCCAAAUUUCUUAAUAAAAUCUUUAGCAUCUAGAAGAAGAGAACUGCAUUCAUGGUUUGGAAGCGAUGAACCAGAAAAGAAGAAUGGCCUUAUAUCUAUAAGUUGGUUUAUGUGUUUUAUUGUGUACAUUUUUAUAUUCUCCCUUUGACAUUAUAACUGUUUUGCUUUUCUAAUCUUGUUAAA